ACGAGUCGGGUUAAAAUUGAAGGAACGCAGAUCAAAACAUGAAUUUAGCUGUUUUGUUUUCUGCUAAUAUGCUUAAAAUUUGUACCCAAUUUCAAAAUUUGAGAUGUGGGGUAGCGCAUCAACAAUUAUUUAACCAUCCAUUGAUGUCAAGGGCCAUGUCAGUGUCCUCGUCGUCUCGUACAGUUCUUCUGAAGCGGAAACACGCAAUUGAUUUACACAAAAAGGGACACAAACCUAAGAAACUAAAAGGGAAACAUUUCAUCUAUGAAUUUGUGGAGGACGCGCCAUUUAAGAAGGAAGAACCACUUGAAGUGAUCUUAACUCAAUAUGUGGAUGGAAUUGGCAAAAAGGGAGAGAAAGUGAAACUGAGAAGACAGUUUGCAUACAACAAUUUAUUGCUGCCUAAACUUGCUGUGUAUGCGAAUCCAGAAAACGAGGCAUUGUAUGGAUCAGGUGAAGCAUCCUCAGAGUACGAGUACAGCUCUAAAUAUGCUCCAAAGAUGGUUCAAUAUAUUUCAAAAUCUCUGGUUGCUAUAACCAUGAACAUGGAAGAACCAUGGACGUUGGAGGCAUGGCACAUACGGGCUUGUGCUCGCAAGGCAGGCAUCAUUAUUGCCGAUGACAGUUGCAUCGAAAUGCCUGAGAAAGAGAUCAGUGGGCCUGAUCUGAGUUUGGAAACAAAGGAGUUUUUGGUCACAGUGACGAUCAACAAGAAGGAGAAGGCGAAGAUGCGCUGCCGCAUCCACCAUUGGAGCACGGAGCCUGGAGACCGUAUUAAGGCGGAAUACCCCUGGUUCAAAAGGGCUGAGCCUAUAUUUGAAGAACAAGCUGAGGAACUUUCAUCAAUUCCUCUACCAGAGUAUAAAGCUCUUCGUAAAUCUGCUCCAGAUUUUAAAUAAGAACUUUGUAUAGAAAUAAAUAUAGACUGCUCGUGAAUUUUG